AUGGAUCCCAGGGGCGAGCUGACAAGGGACUGUUAUGGAUCCCAGGGCUACCUGAAAAGGGACUGUUAUGGAUCCCAGGGCUACCUGAAAAGGGACUGUUAUGGAUCCCAGGGCUACCUGAAAAGGGACUGUUAUGGAUCCCAGGGCUACCUGAAAAGGGACUGUUAUGGAUCCCAGAGCUACCUGAAAAGGGACUGUUAUGGAUCCCAGGACUACCUGAAAAGGGACUGUUAUGGAUCCCAGGGCUACCUGAAAAGGGACUGUUAUGGAUCCCAGGGCUACCUGAAAAGGGACUGUUAUGGAUCCCAGGGCUACCUGAAAAGGGACUGUUAUGGAUCCCAGGACUACCUGAAAAGGGACUGUUAUGGAUCCCAGGGCUACCUGAAAAGGGACUGUUAUGGAUCCCAGGGCUACCUGAAAAGGGACUGUUAUGGAUCCCAGGGCUACCUGAAAAGGGACUGUUAUGGAUCCCAGGGCUACCUGAAAAGGGACUGUUAUGGAUCCCAGGGCUACCUGAAAAGGGACUGUUAUGGAUCCCAGGGCUACCUGAAAAGGGACUGUUAUGGAUCCCAGGGCUACCUGAAAUGGACUGUUAUGGAUCCCAGGGCUACCUGA